AAAAAAAAAAAGGUUUAAAUAUUAUUCUUUGUCAUUCAAUGUCGGUUAAUUAUACAGUAGAGGAUUUAAAACCAAAAAUUUUGGAAAACAUUGAUAAACUUGAGUAUCAAGCAGCAUAUAAAUUCUGUCAAAAGGCUUUAGAACUUGAGCCUCAUAAUGCUGAAAUGCUAGAGAUGACAGGACAGGUUGAAUUAGAACUUGGUCAAUUUGAGUUAGCCAAACAGCAUUUAUUGGAAUCCAUCCAAUUAGAGCCUAAUACAAGUUAUAGCAAAUAUAUGUAUUUGGGACAAUUAUCAAUAGAAAAGGAGGCUAUUGAAGCAUUCCAAAAAGGUGUUAAUUUGAUGAUUACAGAAAGAAGUAAAUUUUCUGCUGAUUCCGAAGAAAUGAGACUUUUAAAUUCUAAACUUUCAAGUGCUUUAUGUUCCAUGACAGAAAUUUAUUUGACUGAUUGUUGUUUUGAACCUGAAGCAGAGCAAAAAUGUGAAGAAUAUUUAAGUCAGGCACAACAAUUUGAUCCAGAAUAUCCGGAAACAUAUCAGUUAUUAGCCUCAGUAAGAUUAAGUCAACAACGUAACGAAGAAGCCUGUUCAGCAUUAAUGAAGUCAAUGGAAUUAUGGAUUCAUAAAGAGCCUGGUGACCCUAUGAUACCCAUUUAUGACACCAGAUUGGCUCUAGUCAAAUUAUUACUUGAAGUUAGCAUGUUUGAGCAGGCCUUUAUGGUGUUGGAAAAUUUACAAAAGGAAAAUGAUGAAGUAGUUGAUUUAUGGUAUCUCUAUGGAUGGACUUAUUACUGCUUGGGUGAUGACGAAGAAAGAACAGAAGAAGAAAGAAUCACUUUAUGGGCAGAUGCAAGGGAUUGUUUGGAAACAGCUGUCAAGUUGUAUAAUAUGGUUGGAUCUGAUGAUGAAGCUAUGUAUGAGCAUUCAAAAGAGCUUAUUCAAAUCAUUAAUCAAGUUGUACCUGAAAAUAUUGAAGAAGUUGAAGAAGAAGCUGAAGGAGAAUUGGAAAUUGAAUCUGAAGAUGAAGAGGAUGCAAUGGAAGAAUAAUUAUAUAAUAAAAAAGAAAAAGAAAAUCAUUACAUAUAAAUAGAUAUACAAGAUAUAAAACAUGCAAUAUUCAUAGUAAUAAUAUAUUUUAGGGCUUAUUAUUAUAGUAAGUUAGUUAAUCAAUAGAUAUAUUACUUGUAGUAAAUAAAAAGCCCUAUACCCCAUUCAUUCAUGUAACAAUAAAUGACAACGAAAAAGAUAUUGACUUUAAUCGUAACGCAAUAAAUAAUAAUGACAUAAUAAAAUGAUUAUAUUAAAAUAUGCACAUAUAUCAAGUAUGUAUUUAUAUAUGAAGUAAAUAUAAAAGAAUAAAUCUAUUUAUUUACAUAAAAUUACAUUCUAUAGGCCUUUUUUAAUAGAAACUCCUGCCUUUUUU